AUGGCUACCCCUGCAACAACCACGGUCAAGAAGUCACCAGCUAUGAGAGCACUAACUGCCAGGUUGAAGGAAAUACAGCUCUCCUUCAACGAUAUUUGGCGAUUUGUGCAAAAGUUUAAGGAGUCCAACACAAUUACCGAGGUCCAAAUACGCUUGGGUAAGUUGGACGAGCUUUGGGAAGCGUUUAGUGGCACCUUAGUCGAAAUAUUUUCCCACGAUGACUACGAUGCUGAAGGAAACGCGUUUGAAAAGGAGCGAAUGGAGUUUAGUGACCGUUACUACGAAGCCAAAUCCUUCCUAAUGGAUAAAGCUAGGGAACUGCAGGCGCCUCAAGUCCUUGAGCAAUCUAGCAGUGCUAGAGAUUCGUCAAUGCGGAAUGGCACCGACCAUGUUCGCCUACCACAAAUUCAACUGCAGACAUUCAAUGGAAACAUCGACGAAUGGUUAAGCUUCCGGGAUCUUUUCACCUCACUUAUUCACUGGAAGGAGGACCUACCCGAGGUGGAAAAAUUUCAUUAUUUGAAGGGGUGUUUGCAAGGAGAACCCAAGAGCCUGAUCGAUCCGUUGCAGAUUACAAAAGCCAAUUAUCAGGUGGCGUGGGAUUUGUUGUUAAAACGGUAUAACAACAGCAAAUUGUUAAAGAAGCGGCAGGUUAUCUCGUUGUUCAAGCUGCCAAUGCUCUCUAAGGAAUCCGCAAUGGAGCUGAAUGCCCUGGUGGAAGGGUUCGAGAGAAUUAUACAGACUCUCGAUCAGGUGGUGCAAUUAGCCGAUUUCAAGGACCUUUUACUUGUUAAUAUCCUUACGGCACGGCUCGAUCCCGUUACUCGGAGGGGGUGGGAGGAGAUGUCGGCAUCACGUGAGAAGGAUUCUUUGGUAGACCUGCUUGAUUUCCUUCACCGUAAAAUACAGGUUUUGCAGUGCCUCCCACAGCGGCCCGUGGAUAACAAGGGAAUUCAGCAGCACCAACCGCAGCGAAAACAAAGAGCGUUGAUGACCAGGACAAACUGCAAUUCAUCUCAAGUGUCUGGAGGACGCUGUGUAGCUUGCUCAUCGAACCACCCUCUUUACCAAUGUAAUACCUACCAACACAUGAAUGUGGCUGAUAGAGAUGCUUUACUGAAAUCUAACUCGUUAUGCCGAAACUGCUUCAGGGCUGGUCACAUGGCUAAAGAUUGCCAAUCCAAAUAUUCUUGCCGUAAUUGCAAGAGUCGCCACCACACAUUGGUCUGUUUCAAACCGGAAAGGAAUCGUGAUGCAAAGGUUUCAGCUGCUUCUCGUGCUGACAAGCCAGCUAUGCAGGACGAAUCAUCUCAAGUGGCAAACCUGGCUGCCACAAACGUGUUCGUUUCGGGUGCAGAACAUCAAUAUUCUGCUAAGGUUCUGUUAGCUACAGCUGUCGUCAUAAUCGAGGAUGAUGACGGUAACCGGUAUCCUGCCCGCGCUUUACUAGAUUCUGGAUCGGAAAGCAACUUCGUCACUGAACGAUUGAGUCAAAGGCUGAAGGUGAGCCGCGAUCGAGUGGAAGUCUCAGUCUUUGGCAUUGGACAUACGACUACCAAGGUUAAGCAAAAAAUUCGAGCUACGAUACGUUCCCGUAUAUCAUCAUUUUCAAGGGAAUUGAGCUUUUUAGUACUUCCGAAGGUUACGGUGAAUCUUCCUACCAGCAAUAUAAAUACGGAGCGGUGGGAGAUUCCGAACGGAGUGCAAUUGGCGGAUCCGACAUUCUUCGAGUCUAAAGCGGUGGAUUUGGUUCUGGGCAUAGAGGCAUUUUUCGAUUUCUUCGAGACUGGUAGAAGGAUUUCUCUGGGACAACAUAUGCCAACACUCAGUGAAUCCGUUUUCGGUUGGGUUGCCUGCGGCGGGCAUACACAUCAAAAACAGUCUCUUCAAAUCAAAUGCAAUCUUUCAGCGGUUGAUAGUUUGGACAAAUUGAUCACCCGGUUUUGGUCUUGCGAGGAAAUAGAGUCUGGUAAGGCUUUUUCAUUGGAGGAAAAGCGCUGCGAAGAGCUGUUUUCGCAAACGGUCAAACGUAACCCUGACGGUAGGUACACCGUCUCCUUACCAAAGGAUGAAGCCAUUCUCUCAAGGUUAGGCGAGUCACGGGACAUCGCAUUUCGGCGGCUUCAAGGGACGGAGCGUAGAUUGGCCAGAGACGAGUCACUACACGAACAAUACACAAACUUCAUGCAGGAAUACUUGCAGCUCGGGCAUAUGCGGAAGGUCGAAGAGGGUGAGGUGGAUACAAUUAAGCGAUGCUACCUACCUCAUCAUCCGGUGGUCAAGGAGUCCAGUACCACCACCAAGGUUCGAGUGGUCUUUGACGCGUCCUGUAAAACGACUUCUGGGGAGUCGUUGAACGAUUUGUUACUGGUGGGGCCAGUGAUCCAAGAAGAUCUCCGGUCCAUAAUACUUCGUAGUCGAACGAAGCAAAUAAUGCUGGUGUCCGACGUGGAAAAAAUGUUCCGUCAAAUUAAGGUGUGUCAGGAAGACCGCCCAUUGCAAUGUAUCCUGUGGCGCUCGUCUCCAAUUCAUGAUGUUGACACCUACGAAUUGAAUACCGUGACGUACAGUACCAAACCUGCACCAUUCUUGGCGACCAGAACGCUGAAAAAACUGGCGGUAGACGAGGAGGAUAAUUUUCCGUUCGCUGCAAGGGCUAUUAUGGAGGAUACAUACAUGGACGAUGUAAUAACAGGGUCGGAUGAUCCGGAAUCGGCACGAACUUUGCGGGUUCAACUAGAUUCGAUGACGAAGAAAGGAGGGUUCAGGUUACGAAAAUGGGCAUCAAACUGCUCUGAUGCAUUGAGUGGGGUUCCAAAGGAGGAGCUAGCAAUCCAAUCAUCGGAAGAGAUCAACUUGGAUCCCGAUCCUUCGAUAAAAACUUUGGGGUUGACUUGGAUGCCAGUUACCGACACGCUUAAAUUUCAAUUUAAGAUUCCAAUUCUCAACCCUAGCGUACCGCUUACAAAGCGAAACAUUCUGUCGGUCAUUGCUACAUUAUUUGACCCUUUGGGUUUGCUGGGAGCGGCAAUAACUUCGGCAAAAAUUUAUAUGCAGCUGUUGUGGACACUUCGUGAUGAAAACGGUCAAAGACUGAAUUGGGAUCAGUCACUACCCUCAACGGUGGGUGAGAUUUGGAUCAAGUACCACAAACAAUUGUCUAUGCUUAAUACCAUUCGCAUCGAGCGUUGUGUAGUCAUUCCCAAGGCAGUGUCUCUUCAAUUUCACUGCUUUUCGGACGCUUCGGAGAAAGCGUACGGCGCGUGUCUCUACGUGAAGAGUUGGAACUCAGACGGUGAGGUAUGGGUACGAUUACUAACCUCCAAAUCACGGGUUGCACCUUUACAAGUGCAAACCAUUCCUAGGCUGGAAUUAUGCGGAGCUCGUCUCGCUGCCCAGUUGUUCGAGAAGGUUUCUCGGUCAAUAAAAUUUACUGCACCAGUAUAUUUUUGGACGGACUCCACCUGCGUCCUGCGUUGGAUACGAGCAACUCCAGCUACAUGGACAACUUACGUGGCCAAUCGGGUGGCCAAAAUUCAAUCACUUACCGAGAUUUCCCAAGGGAUUGCGCCGGAGGACAUCGUUCACAAUCCGUUUUGGUGGCAAGGACCGCAGUGGUUGGCGAAAGAAGAGGAUGAAUGGCCACGUUUUCCAGAAACUUCACGGGCAGCAGAAGAAGAAGCAGAGGAAAAACGUCGCACCGUAUAUGCCGGAACGGUUUCAUCGGUCACCGAGUUCAAUAACGCAUACCUAACCCGCUUCUCGUCGUACACAGACCUAAUUCGUCGAACAGCUUACUGGUUGCGUUUGAAACGGCUUCUGCGCACGAAGAAAAAGAAGGAUUCCUCUUUCUUAUCUACCAAAGAACUAAAGGAAGUGGAAACCGCACUGAUCAGUUUAGUCCAACAGGAGGUAUUUGUUGAGGAGCGUAAGGCAUUAAUGAAAAAGGAAGCGGUUUCCAGAAGGUCACCAUUACGAUGGUUUAAUCCAUACCUGUCGGAGAAUCAGGUGUGGACUACUUUGGACCCAUUUACGUCAGACCCGCUCCGAGACGUCCAGUAG